CCUGCAUAUUUAUGGACAUCUGAACACACUCAUACCCCCAAACUCCCUACACCGUACAUUGUACGCAUUUUCCAUUCAAGGCUAGUCGCGCGAGCAGCGGCAUGCACAAGUACGGCAGUUCAAAGCGACCGCAUACGAGGAUGCAAGGUGACCCUUUCGAGGUGGUUCAAGCCUCCAACCUGCAAGUCAUUACACGGGUCCUAGAGUGCACCAGGGACCGGUGUCGAAAGCACCCAGGUCUAGCGAGAUGACGCUUCUUGAGAUCGUGCAACCGAAUUCCAAAAGAGGCAGUAGCUCGAUCGUGAGAGGACUCCUUUUGGAAGUGCUCAAGGAGUUGAAGGAAAGUGCAUUGCCUCUUGAGGUCAUGCAUUGGCCAGCCAGGGUCCAUUUGAGAAAUGUGAUACAUCAGAAAGUCCAGAACACGGUUCAACUUGGCGUCCAACGUCCCAAAGUUCGGUUGCACAACCCAUCCCGGGGUUGGAUCCCUGAUCGCCUUACCAUUUACGGCCAGUCAUCUCGCACUCAGCCUUGUCCUGGCCUAUUUCAACGUCGUUCGAUGGUUCUAAGGCUCUGGCCAGGAGAGAAAAUAGAUCAUGCAGAUUGUUGCCCUCUUGGUCAGAUUGGGCAAAUAUCAGAAGUGGCUGGAGGUAGGUUCUUCGGAUAUAUAUCUUCCAUUCGGCUACCAACUGUCUUCCUGUCCCUCGCUCUGCAUGGUCUAAUCUGCUCCUUCCCUAUUCUCUGCCCCAGCGAACAUUUUGCCGCAACUGAUCCGUCUGAAACAAAUUCUUCCCAUUCAUUCUCAAUGUUGAGUGCUGUCGAUGCACUAUACUCAAGGAGGGACACAAACCAUCAAACAGCCUACAGACAUCAAGUCCACCAAGAGGAGUGCCGACUUGUAUGCACAGCCAUGGAUAAUAGCGCAGGAAUGGGACACCGCGGCUCGCUACAGUCACUGCCCAGCUUUUCUCAAUUGAUCCAGGGCAUACCACCUGCACCUCUCCGGAUUUCCAACCACAUAGAAGGGAAGAGCCGACCCUUCAUUCAGGCCUACCGAGUACAGCGGCUUCUCGGUUGCAGCGUUGACACCGUGAUUUCUCCCAGUUUGCUGCCUGAAACGGAGGACAACGACUCUGCGAAGAGCGACUCGAACUCGUCUUCCCGCGACCACCAACCCUGCUCACCUUCGCACAUGACACCAGCAUCGCCACGGUCAUAUUCCUACCCGAGUGAUCAUGAACUCGGCUUGGAGGGGCUACAAGACUUGAUCAGCCGGCCUGACGUAGACGUCAAUGCCUUGAUCCAGCGUAUUUUCGAGUUUUUGAAUGGACCAAUGCAGCCUGCAUAUGAACAAGGCUGGUACCGUCCGGAUGCCUCGGACAAUGCAUUCAGUAGAAGACUCGAAGAAGCCAUCUCUAUACUCGGCCGAGAUGAGCUCGCCGAGGCCUACUUCUUCCGACAGGAAGGCCGUGAGCCGUAUGGCUACUCUCCCCACGGGAUCUCUUGCGCGAGGAAGACCUCCACCAUGAAGCAGACCGACGUGGGAUCUCCGACUUUGACCCAACCUGAUCCCGGGCCCGUGGCCAAGCCGGAAAAGCAGCAAAAGAACUCGAGUGAGCAGGAACGGCGCUGUCGACAUCGAUACUGUCAAAUGCAAAGUGAUCUUCGCUGUUCUGAGAUUGCUUUCCGAUGUGGCGAGCAGCACGCGAGGAUCGAGCACGACAAGAUAGCCAAGACGAGAGAGAACGGCAGCAAAUGCCAAAGCGCAAAAGGAACAGGUAAGGACGAGCAGCUGUUCGCAGCCGUAUAUGCACAUGAACUGAGCGCGAGGAUCAUCCAGCUGGAACAUGAUGGUCGCAAGCGAGCGGAGACGAUUGUACGUCUGCUAUGCCAACUCUUACUUCGCUCGCAAGGUGUAAAAUGCGGUGGUGGAGCCAAUCGACAUCUUUCCAGGUCACCGCCCCAUUUUCCGAGGGAUCACUCGAUAGUCGCGGGCGUGAAGCGAUUUGCGGAUGAUGAGAUCACAAGUCGGCGCUGUUGGACGAGAGCCUCAGAGCGCGAUAUCGCGAAUUCAUCAAGAGCAAACAGCCCAUGGAAACGUCCGCGGAGUCUAACUCAUGAUGGAACGCCCUUAUCCCCAGAGAGGACCCAGUCACCUACGCCAGAGUCAAGCUCCGAAGGAGCCUUUUCUCCGUAUGAACAGGGUCGAAUGAUCAAAGCAGAGCAUUUGCAUUGA